CAUAAAGUGUCGACCAUACAUGUAUCUCUGCCACUUUUAGUCUCUGAGCAAAUCAUAAAGAAUUUACACAAUGGCAGGUUUGUUUGAAACAAUGCUCUUGUGCGUCGAAUCGCCUGCAACGGCUGCCGUGUCGACGUUCACUCGCUUGGUACCCAGUGAUGCCCAACAGACUGGCACUUUGGCACAGCGCAUUGGCACCGUCGCCCUGGCAGUGGCGCACGCGACGCGACUCGCCCAGUCACUCGACGAGCUCCCUGGCUGGUUUCCCAUCCACGCGCGCAGAGCAGCCAGGCUCGAGUCUCGCGACGCUGUCCAAGAUACCCUUCUGAGCGCUGUGCACGAUGCUAUGGCGCAAUGGGAUGCUGCAGCUACGACCGAUCGGACGACUCCUCGCGCAGAUUGCUUUCGAGUCAAGUUCAGCGUCACGUCGUCGAGCACACUCGCCAUCGAUGAGGCUGGAGCAUCAUCUUCAAGCGCACAAUGCAAUCCGGACGACCAAAGUCCACCGAUUGUUGUGGCGACGAAAGCCGAGUUGUGGCCGCUUGGAUUGACUGAAACCAACUUGCCACAGCUGCUACAGUUGCUCGAUCAACAUGAUCCGUCACCAGACCAACAACGAAGCAGUUCUGACGUCGUGUUCACUGCUGCCGAGAUUGCAAGUCAUCCCAUGGAAAUGCUGAUUCACAGCUUGCUCCACAAUCCGGCCACACCAAACCCGAUUCGCAACAUUCGCAUCGCUCCUCCAGAGUGCUGGGUGCGUGCCGCCAACCCGGCACUGGCACACAAGACCAUCCAGCGAGGUAUUUACGAUCGCGCAAAAGCCGGCGUCGGGUCGGAUUGCUUUGAUGUGCUGCUCGUCAACGACCAGCAGCACGUCACCGAGGCGGCCAUCGCCAACAUUGCGAUUCGCGAAACCCUUGCUGAUGGCCAUGUGCGAUGGAUUACGCCACCUCUCUGUGCUGGUAUUCUACCUGGUACUCUUCGGGCCGAGCUUGUCAGGGCUGGAUUGCUGCACGAAGCGUUGAUUACAGUUCAAAUGUUGCAGCUUGCCGUCUUUGAAGGUCGCGCGUCCAUCUUUUGCAUGAAUUCUCUUCGAGGAAUCUAUCGCGUGGCUCUUUUAUUUUGAGCUCCUCAAUGCAAAAAGCUCGGGUUGAAGCUUGGAUGGACUGAGAGUCGAAUGAACAGGAACAUUGAUCCUGCAAAGAUUUCAUCGUUCUGUUUGAGCCAUCACGAUAAUAAAAUGAGAGUUUUGAGCCC